AAAUCCCACACGUGGAAAAUAGGAUUUGACAGCUAGCAAGGACCAAAUCAGAAAAUAACCAUAAUCGCAAUUAGACCAAUAAUAGUGCAGUGAUGGAUUGCAGUUAUGAAUUAAGAUGACAUGUCAGGUGAUCUUGAUAAUUUUCACUUAUUUCAAUUAACUCUACGCAUGUGUUGUUGUGUGGGGAAAAUUAUGACGUCAUUAAACAAAGGAAUAAAAACUCCUCGUUUCCCAAGAUUCUGCAUACUUUGAGUAAACAUGCAGACCUCGAUUGUCCUCGUCACUUUCCUUUGUGCGACUUUCCUCUGCACGGAAGCCAUAAAGCAAGAACACUGCGAGAAAAACUGUCAUCUGGAUCACGUAACGUGUAGCUCAACUUGCCGAAAACAGCAUUUGUUGAACAGAGCUGGAUUCUUAGACUGCUCCAAAACCUGCAAAUUUACCUACUCUAGUUGUUCUACGGGUUGUCUUCCGAAAAGUUUCUCCAAUACGCCUGUGGUAGAGUAUAAGACUACAAGCAAAGCAACAGUAGGUGUAAGUCAUGUUCCACAGGAGCCUCAGCAAGCGACAACCACUGCACCUCCUACAUCCAUAUGUCUUAGAGCAUGCUCCACCAUCAGAACUGCAUGUAAAAACGAAUGUGCAAACGAACCCAGUGAUGUUGGCUGCUUACCAGAGUGUACAUCCGACUAUGACGAAUGUGUACAGGAAUGUGGAACUGUUGCUGUACAGUCUGGAAAUGAGCAAACGGCAGCAACAAACUCAAAUAACCAAGAAAAAGUCAGCUGCAUGAUGGAAUGUUCGGUAGAAAAUGUAGAUUGCAUGGUUGAGUGUCAAACUGACGUUACCGAUACAUCCUGUCUGCCGGAAUGCACGGCAGAGCAAAGCGAAUGCCAGAAAGAGUGUAACGACAAUUUUCCAGACACCAAUGCUAAUACUGCGGUCAAUGCAGCCACAGUCGCCGAUCCAAUUCAGAUAGAGAUACUGACUGGAACCAAGGGAAACAAUGCUCAAACUGGAAAUUACAACGUGUAUACUUCGCAAACUCUCUCAAGUAAAACUGACGCAAUACAGGCAACAGAUAACUCCGCCGGUUGGGUCGAUCCAUCUGGCAAUGUUCAAACCCAGUCUUACUCCAUUCAUUCCACGUGUGUAAGGCAAUGUUCUACCGAGCAAUCUGAUUGUGAAGGUGAAUGUCUUACUACGGAUCCAUCUUGUCGAAACGAGUGUAAACUUGAAUAUGAUGAUUGUGUUAUUGAAUGCAAUGAGGAUUUUGGACACACAACUUCUAAUGCCGUUAAUAGUCAAAUUUUGCCAAGUUUUAGAUCAACACCUAACACUGUUACUGGCAAUGCGUCGCCAUCAAUAAAUAAUGUCAUUGCACAGCCAGUCGCAUCCACUAACUCUAAAACAGAGGUCGUAAUAAAAACUGGUGAGGGACAAGUUCGAACAAGUACUACAAAACAAACAAGUAUACUCAAGAUUUUGUGUCUGUCUUCCAGUGUAAUAGAAAGAAGGUCGUGCCUUGAAGAAUGUAAGAUUGGUACUCCAGAGACUGGAUGUACGACGGAAUGUUAUGAAGACUAUAAAGAAAACGUUGCCGAAUGUAAAGAAGAAGAAAUUGAGAGACAAGAGGAAAAUGCUGAAAAAGAGCAAGAGAAAGAAUCAGAAAAUAACAAAUUGUCUGACAAUAAACAAGAUCAAGAAGAGGACUAUGAAUCUGAUUCAUCGUCAGAAUCCAACGAGAGCUAAGUUGAUCAUAUGUUGGAGAAAACACCAACAUAACGGUAGUUGUUACUGCUCUUUGAACGACGUCGAAAUCCCGAUGUAGAGUUCACAGAACUUAUACAAAUAGGCGUUGUUAUGGGAUGAGCUGUAUUCCUAAUUAACUUAUUGGGUAUCGAUGCUCCUAUCAAAUCCGAAUUUCGCAAAUCACAGGGGGUUUCGCUUGCCAUUCAAUGUUAAGUGAUAUCUAUUAUUUCAAUGUGACAUUUCUUGUAUCUUCAAUGAAGAAUAUUUCUGUGGCUUUAACUCUUUUGUGGGUUUAUUUCGCACAUACAUUUCAAAAUAUUUUUUUUUUGCAAUAUUUCUUACCUUAAUUGUGAAUUUUAAAAGAAAGAAUGACCUUUUUAACUUACAUCUAACAUUUCCUUGAUUGUUGGAAUUUGGCUGAUGUAUAACGUUACAAUGGACGCUGUCUCUUAUUCUUAUGUGACCUAGAGCUGACAAGAACUGCACCUUAACAUAUGUCACCUGUUGUUACUUGUUCAUGUCUGACUUUGUUGAAAUUAAAAUUUAAAAAACCACAA